AUGAGAGAUCUCACACUAGAGGAAAGCCAUACCAGUGCAAAACCUGUGACAAGGUUUGCGCAAAAGAGUGAUCUAACAGUACAUGAAAGAUCCCACACAGGAGAGAAGCCAUACCAUUGUAAAAGCUGUGAUAAGGGGUUUAGUGAUAAAAGAAAUCUACAUAGACAUGAAAGAUCCCACACUGGAGAGAAGCCAUACCAGUGCAAAACUUGUGACAAAGGGUUUGCACAAAAGGGUCAUCUAACAUUACAUGAAAGAUCCCACACUGGAGAGAAGCCAUACCAGUGUAAAAGCUGUGACAAGUGGUUUAGUGAUAAAACAAAUCUACAUAGACAUGAAAGAUCCCACACUGGAGAGAAACCAUACCAGUGUAAGACAUGUGAUAAGUGGUUUACACGAAAAGAAACUCUAAAAUGGUUUGCACAAAAAUGUCAUCUAACAGUACACAAAAGAUCCCACACUGGAGAGAAGCCAUACCAGUGCAAAACUUGUGACAAAGGGUUUGCACAAAAGGGUCAUCUAACAUUACAUGAAAGAUCCCACACUGGAGAGAAGCCAUACCAGUGUAACAGCUGUGACAAGCGGUUUAGUGAUAAAAGAAAUCUACAUAGACAUGAAAGAUCCCACACUGGAGAGAGGCCAUACCAGUGCAAAACUUGUGACAAAGGGUUUGCACAAAAAAUUCAUCUAACAGGUGAUCUAACAGUACAUGAAAGAUCCCACACUGGAGAGAAGCCAUACCAGUGCAAAACUUGUGACAAAGGGUUUGCACAAAAAAUUCAUCUAACAGUACACGAAAGAUCCCACACUGGAGAGAAGCCAUACCAGUGCAAAGCUUGUGACAAAGGGUUUGCACAAAAGGGUCAUCUAACAUUACAUGAAAGAUCCCACACUGGAGAGAAG